GGGCCGGGGCUGGGGCCGGGCCGUGCCUCCCUCGCCGAGCGUCGCGCCGGGGGCACCGCCGAGCGCGGCCCCUCCGCGCUGCCGGCAGCGCGCAAAGAGGCUCUGCAUUGACGUCACAAUGACACAGUGAAGCCAAACACAGGAGCUGGGAACAGUUCUUCUGCUUCACUUUUGAUAAUUGAGUGAGUUUGCCACCACCCCAUUCCUUCCAGCAUGGCUAAGAGUGCAGAAGUGAAGUUGGCGAUCUUUGGUCGGGCUGGUGUGGGCAAGUCAGCUCUUGUCGUGCGCUUCCUGACCAAGCGGUUCAUCUGGGAGUACGAUCCAACGCUAGAGUCUACAUAUCGUCACCAAGCUACCAUUGAUGAUGAAGUGGUUUCCAUGGAGAUACUAGAUACAGCUGGUCAGGAGGAUCCUAUCCAGAAAGAAGGACACGUGCGAUGGGGUGAAGGCUUUGUGCUGGUUUACGACAUCACAGACAGAGGCAGCUUUGAGGAAAUGCUGCCGCUAAAGAACUUGUUGGAUGAAGUUAAAAAGCCCAAAAACGUCACCCUGAUCCUGGUGGGGAACAAAGCAGACUUGGAUCACUCCAGGCAAGUCAGCACAGAGGAAGGUGAAAAGCUGGCCACGGAACUAGCAUGUGCUUUUUAUGAGUGUUCUGCUUGCACGGGAGAGGGCAACAUUAUGGAGGCCUUCUACGAGCUGUGUCGUGAGGUUCGGCGGCGAAAGAUGGUCCAGGGCAAGACUCGGAGACGAAGCUCCACCACCCAUGUCAAGCAGGCAAUUAAUAAGAUGCUUACCAAAAUCAGCAGCUAAAAAGAGCUGUACUAAACCAGAUAAGAUUUUAGAGCAUAUUAGCUUGGAGGCAGGGAUGAGGUAGGCAGAGCACAUUUAAUUAAAAAUGGUCAAAGCUUUGCAAUGGACAAAAAAAAAAAUAAAAAUAUGAACAUCACCGUAUUUUUGAAUAACACAGAGUCAUACUAUUUUCCUGUUUUGAAAUGUAUUUAGCCACACUGCUUCUGGCUAAUGUGGAAAAAAAAAACCAAAAACACCAAGGGAAAAAAACCACCAAAUGUACUCCAAAGGACUAGAUGAUUGCGGGAAUUGGCACCAACAGAGAAUCUUCUGCUUCUACGUGGCUAGAAGCCAACGUCCUGCAAAUCAGUAGUGCCUAAAUAUCAUUUCCAACCAACCAGCUGCUCAGUAAGAUUCAGCCUUCACUCCAUCAACUACCAUCACAACUAACAUUCUCCAGGACUGAAUAUGUGUAGAGGCUGCUUUGUUAUGUCAGAAAGUUUACCUGACACCUUCAACCAGCUCUAAGUUGGCUCAUUGUGUGCUUUUACUCCAAACUGUACUUCCUUGUUAUUUUUGUCAAAUCUAUGAGUGCUGAUGUUCUUAGCAAGGUAUGAAAAACAUAUAGGAAAGGUCUAUUUUAUGGAGUGUUUGGCCAGCAAGACAUACAUUUCAACAGAGCUGAGGUUCAGCGGCUCUUCCAGAUCCUAUGAAACUGCAGAAUUCAUGAAGAAAUAACCAGCUAGUCCAGUGGCAUUUCAGCUUUUUCCCCUCAAAGUGCAGGACUGUACUUGGGGAAAUGUGACUAAAUGUGUUAUGAAAUCAAAUUAAAAAAAAAAUAUUACUAUUGAUUUAGUUAUGGGUAGUUUUUAGCUUUUGUUUACACUUCUUGUUUUGGUCUUUUUUCAAUUCAAGUAGUUCCUCUUAGUCUAUCUUAUACUGAAGAAGAAAAGAAUCCUUGGGAAGGCAAGUAUUUAAAGUCUAACACCCAAAUGCAGAUCAGAUGUGACUGGCCUCUACCAUAUCAAAAGAUCACAGUUUCCAGCUGUUUAAACUUCCAGAUGUUGCUUGGAGCACUCUGGGGUUUGAACCAGCACAGUUUUUUUGUGACUUUUAUCUGGCACAUCGAAGUGAAAGUGUAUUUAAUCAGAUUUUGGUGCCAGGGAUAAAAAGUGUUCAUUUUUUUCUUCUCCCUCAUGCAUCUGAUUUAAGCCAGCUGUCAAAUUUUGCCUCCUGUCUAGUUGGUUUGUUAACUGUAUGCUAAAAGAUGUAAGGACCAAGACUGGAAGAUUUAAAUUCAGAUUGUCCUGGUUCCCCACCAGUUGUGUUGCAUCCCUUUAGGCAGCGUGGUGUGCAGUUCAGACUGUUAUCAUGUAGAACCACAGCCAAAGGUUGGGAUGAUAAAUGGGAAUAUUAGCAGUACUCUCCUUUGAGGGAAACCCCACCUUUUAGCAACUACUUACAACUUUAUUCUCCACUGCUUUGUACUUCCUAUGGUUAUUUGCCUCCGUGAUGAAGUGACUCCAAAAGGCUAUCACAUACAAAUUGCCACAGAUUUAGGAGAAUAUCUAGUUGGAUAAUGUUUCAGUUAUAGGUAGCCAUAGAGGUGAUGGAACAGGCUGAAGAGUCAGAUCUGUGUAUCCCUGUCCACAGAGAAAAGUUCCAAGUUAGGACUUCUUUCAAAAGAAUGUACUUCAAGGUAUUUUACCAAAGUAAUUGUUUUUAAACUCUCUCUUUUACCCAACCAGCAUCAAAGAACAUCACAUUCAGAUAUAUAUUUUAUUUGUGCUGUUAUUUGUCUCCUCUGUUUCUGUAUUCUAGACAGUGAAAACUCAUUUCACUCUUCUGGAAUCAAUGUCUAUAUUUUGGUCCUCAUGUUCAAGUAUAUUUCCAUACACCAUCUGGACACACUGCAGUGGAAACACUACCUUGUGCUUCUGGGCAGGGGGUUCUUGCAACGGGUGAUAUCACUUUCUCUGAGACACAUCUGUUACCAAGCUAUUCAACACAUCUCUAACUUUUGUUAAAAAGAAAAAAAAGUAGAGGUUUUGCCAUUUUUUUAGUCCCAUUAGUAAUGUAGAAUUAACACAAGUGUAAAAGAAAGAGCUAAUGCCUGCUCACAAACCAGAAAUCUUUAGCUGAGGGUCUGAACUUGCAAGCAAUGUAGUUACACUAAGAGCCACAAUUAGCAUUUGCAACUUGAAGCACAAAGUCGUUCUGUUAUCUUUGAAAUCAGUGCUGUUGCACAAAUCUGAAGUAAACAAAUUCCUUACCUGCAAUCCCAUGGCAACAUAGCUAAGAGGAAAGUCUUGUUAUGCUAAGCAAUUGAUUCAUCCCUCUCUUAUAAAACUUCAACAAUUCUUUUAUCUGAAACCCUUUCUUGGGGUUCAGAGUUGAGGAAGGAGAGGCCCUCAUACUUUCCAAAAGACUCUCAAUAAAUUGUUUGUAUCUUCCUUUAUAAUAUCUGUGUGGAGAAAUUAUAAGAUCCUGGUGAAAGAAAAUGUUCCACUGUGCAAAUAUCACUUGUUACAUAAAGCACCUAUAAUAAAAAUAGUAACAUUCCUUUGCAAAGACUGAAUUUGGAAACUGCCAACCAAGAUAAACACUUGGUCAAAAAGGAGGCUGCUAUUUUGUAACCUUUCCUCCCACACAAACACCGUUUUCUUUAUUUAAUUGCUCAUUAAUUUUUUUCUUUUGGUGUCAUGGGCUGAUUGUCAAGCCAGUUCUACUAUAGCGUAUCUGUUGAUACACGUCACAUAGUAUUAAAUGCAACCUGAUUUUCUGUUGCUAACAAUGCUGCAACAUAUUAUUGGCAAUGCUGUAAAUGUAUAAUAUAUCUACAGUGUGCAAAUUGAGCCCCAAAUUGCCCAAGCACUGAAAAGGCCAAAUGCAGCAUGAACCCACGUUUGAUAGCCUUUCUGCAGCAGACAUCAAUGCUUUAAGUUCUGUUUCUGCAGCUGCUGUUUAAGCAUAUGUAUAUGACACUAACAUCAAGUUUCUCUCCUCUGCCCGCUACCAUUUCAGUGGAGAGAGGAUGGGAAGGAUGAUAAACAAAAAGGGGGAGGAAAGGUGAAAUGGAUACUUGUUACCUACAACAAGUUGGUCGUCAUUUAUGAAGUUUUUAAAUAUUUAUCUUCAAUUGAUGAAGAGUUAGUCAUGCCCACGCUGCAAGACCUGGAUCAGGACCCAAGACUUCCCUAGAACUUUGAGAAUCUUCAUAUCUGGGGGUUUGGUGCAACUACAGGUGGAAGUGAGGAUCAGCCACUGGGUUUGCACCUGGAUCCGGACAAGGUGUCCCCAGCCUGGGGAUAGUUGGAUCUGGCAGUUUGCUACAAGUCUAGUUGAAUUUUAUAUAUAUAAUGAUCUGUAUGCAUUUUUACAUUAAAAAUAUGAAAGCUUGUGCUUGUAGAUAAUAUAUAAGAAAAAAUAAAAAAUAAAAAUAAAAAAAUAGAGGUCUGUACUGAACUCAUACCUAUUGAUCUUCUAUUGGAUGUCUCCAAAGUGUUGCCUUCCAGCUUUUAAGCAGCCAGUUCCAAAAGUCGUGAUUUGUUUUUUAUUUAAUCUUUAUCUAGGGAAAACAAACAGCGAAUUUUGCCUGAGUAAGCACUGCAACAUUUGGAUCAUUUUAUUUGAACUUUUUUGGCUGCUAGGCUUGGAAUAGAGAGGUCAAACAGCAUCUACAGUGAGGCACAGAUCCAAAUGUCCUUGCUAACUAUUUCAAGGUUGAUCAAAGAAGCUACAGUGCCACGGUUAUUAAAUGAUCUCACUGAAAUGCACCACCCAAACACUGUCCUGUGAGCUGAAUAAUGCGGAUCUUGUUCCCAAGCUUCUGAGGUAAAAUCUUGGGCUAAGCAUACUGGGAGAUUUAUGCCAGUGAUUUGGACAGAGACAACUUUUCACCUGCUUCCCAUGUUCCAAGGAUAACGCACUGUUAUUCUGAAGAGUAUGUGUAUGAUACAUUAUACAAAUGGUAAAAGAAUCAUACAUAGCAUGAGAGUAAUCUACUCUCUUGUUUUCCUCCAAACCUGGCCCAACCAAGUAACUCAAAGCGUGAUCAUAAACAGGUGAACAGCAGUGGGAGUACAAGAAUACCACCUUCAACAGAGCACUGCAUGAAGUCUCAGUGCUGGAUUGAUGCCCUGAUGCCUAACUUUACCUUUGUGAAACCUCACAAAACUAGAUGAGGCAUCCUUCCAGUUACUGUCUGCCUCUAGAGCACUGCAAAGUAGCCUUGAGUUCUGUCAAACCACACUAUAACCUUCUCCAGUCAAAAUAAUGUCUCCUGCAAAAUAAAUAGCUGCAGUGAUAAAGGCUAUGUAUAAACAGUGUUUGGGGUUCCUUUUAUCUUUCUCUGUAACGCCUCAAUACAUUUGCAUAUCUUCAGAAGAAAAGGAGAAAUAUAGAGGCUUUAAUUAGAAAAUGCUUCUUGGCAUUUUGAUGUAUCUGCCUUUAUGUUCUUUGAAAAAUGAAACAUAUAAUGAAAACAGUGUCAUCUUAGAAA